CUCAAUGAAAUGGUAUAGAAUAUAUGUAAAACAAGAUCAUGUCUUGUUCAAAGUACGCCUCUACACCACAAACAACAAACCUAGCACGGGUCUCCCGCCUGAUACUGGGACCAUGUGCUGACGUCAUGAGGGACGUGCUUCUCAGGGAGAUACCAGCAACUGACCUGUCUAAAAAAGUACAAAAGUGGAUAAAUUCUCAAAAGAGACACCUACUCAAUACAUCUCAAACUGAUUUGAUUUUCCCACAACCGUCAAAUAUCUAUGGUGGAAACUAUUCCGAUAUGGAUAUAUCCUUACUAUAUAUUCUCUUACGUAAUGUGACUUACCUACCUGCACACAGUAAAGGUUGGGAUAAUGAUCCUGACCCUACAGACAGAAGUGUAUCGGCAAAUAUAGAGCGUAUAAGGUUCAUCAGAAACAAACACUACGGACAUGCUGUUGAAAUUGGCAUACCUGAUACCGAUUUCCAGAGUGAGUUUAUGAACAUUCGCAAGAUUGCGGAAGAUGUUGAUGUUUAUUUGGGCGUUUCAAAACAUCAGAAAUCGGUAGACUUUAUCAAAACAGACAAGAUGGACCCGGAACAGGAAAUGGAAUGGAUAAAACACCUUACAAUAUUAGAGUCGGUGGUCUCAAAUGUAGAGGAAAACACCAAAAAAAUACACCAAAACACCAAAGAAAUACAGAAACUGAAACAUAAAAUAGAAAACAAGAGGAUUGAGAAAUUUG